CAGAAUGAAGUGAGGAUGGUUGAAGGGACGGACGCAUCUCUCACGAACGCUUCGACCUCCUGCGCAACCGACGGGUGUCUCUCCUUCCCCUGGACGCUGACUCUGCUGGCCAGUGUGCUCAUCACCACUAUAGUAGUAGACGUGCUGGGCAACAUGUUGGUCAUCGUGUCAGUUUUCCGAAACAGGAAACUCAGGAAGACAGGAAAUGCCUUUGUGGUGAGUUUGGCUGUAGCAGACCUUGUAGUCGCUAUCUACCCUUACCCAAUGGUUUUAACGGCUAUUUUCAACAAUGGCUGGAUCGCCGGAAACGUUCACUGCCAAAUCAGUGGCUUCCUGAUGGGGCUGAGUGUGAUCGGCUCUAUAUUUAACAUUACAGGCAUUGCCAUCAACCGCUACUGUUACAUCUGCCAUAGCCUUCUUUAUGACAAAAUCUUCUCCAAAAAUAACACUGUGUGCUAUGUGGUGCUUGUGUGGAUCUUCACUAUCCUGGCCAUUACACCCAACUGGUUCGUGGAGUCUUUGAAGUACGACGCACGUGUCUAUUCGUGCACAUUUGCCCAGUCGGUCAGCUCAAUCUACACGAUCAUGGUAGUGGUGGUGCACUUUAUCCUACCAAUCAGCAUUGUCACUUACUGCUACUUGCGCAUCUGGAUCCUCGUCAUCCAGGUGCGCAAUCGCGUCAAGCCUGACAACCGGCUCAGAAUCAAGCCACAUGACUUUCGCAAUUUUCUCACUAUGUUUGUAGUAUUUGUGCUGUUUGCAGUGUGCUGGGCCCCACUAAACUUCAUUGGUCUAGCAGUGGCCAUCCAGCCCACCCUGGGCAAGGCCAUUCCUGUGUGGCUUUUCACAGCAAGCUACUUUAUGGCUUAUUUUAACAGCUGCUUGAACGCAGUUAUCUAUGGCGUACUCAACAACAAUUUUCGAAAGGAGUAUAAAAGAAUUCUGCUCUGUCUUUUUAAGUUUCAUUAUUAA